AUGCAAACACCCUCACUGACGCCGCGCCACGCGACGCGUCGCCUCCCCUCCUCCUUCGGUGUCGCCGGGGGGAGAAGAGCGACGGCGACGAAAGAGGAAGGAGGAGCGGAGGCCGCCGCGCCGCCACUGUCGUGCCACGCAGCGGCAGAAAUUGGGGCCUCCGGUGCAAGGCCGACGCAGGCAUUGCGGGCGCGAGAAGAGUUAGAGCCGGAGCUGCGGCGCCUGAGGGCGGAAAACGCCAAACUUCAGCUGGUGGAGGAGCAGUUCUGGGCGCUCCUGGCGGAGAAUGAGGAGCUGCGGAAAGCCGCGGCGCACAACGGGGACCGUGGCGGGGCCCCUGACACUUCUGGGCGCCGGCUUACCGGCGCAUUUCUGCAGCGGAGCAGGAAUGAGGGGGACGGCGAGGGAAGCUGGCGUGUAUCUUCCUGUGCUCGUGCCCUCCGCGAGUGCAUGGAUCUUCUUAUUGCGAGGGAGCUGCAGGACGCAUCGCAGACGGACUGCACAGAGGCUGUGAAGAAGCAGCUGGAGCAGGAGGACUCGGUGGCAACUUAUCUACUCUGGGUGCGCGCGAGACGAAGAGAGGGCGGCCCUGAACUACAACCAAAUGACAUCCUCCUGCCGCAUCACGGACAACCCGCGGUCAUGGGCGGAGGAGGAGGAAAAGUUGCGCCUCGCAACGAGACGGCUGUCCGAGACGGAAGCUGUGUGGCUAUUCCCCAGCUUCAACAGGAGUUGAACGAAACGGAGGCGGUGCUGUUGCGACGCCGUCUUGAAUCUGCCGAACGUGAGUUGCAGGAGGCACGUGAGAUGUUGGAGCUGGCAAACAUGGGCCGCGCCGCCGCACUGAAGGAUUGCGCCCGACUGAGUGGACAGGUGACUACGCUGACGGGGCACCUGCAGGAAAUUCUCGAGUCUCACAAGACGUCGCAUGACUUGUGCCUGGAGAACGAGGCGCUCAAUGCGCUUGUAGAAAAGCAGGCGGGAAGCAUCAAAGUAAGAGACCAGCUUCUCACUGAGAUGCGUGUCACGUUGCAGCGUCUGCAAAACACGCGCUCCUCAGAGGAGGUUUCUCUUGCCGAGGCGAACGAGCGAGUGCGUCAGCAGCUUCUUGACCGCCGACCCGUGUCCGCCUCUGUAUCGACCGGUGACUAA